AUGGAGUCUGCAACUAGUCGCAGAGUGCAGGAGGAACGAAGGCAGGCGGAUAUCCGCAAGAAGAUCGCGGCCUUGCAAGCACAACUCGACGGUCAUCAGGAUUCAGCGCUCGCAGGUGCGAGCAAGACUAUCGCCGAAUAUGGAUCUCCGAAGCGUAAACACACGAACGGUACUCUGUUGGCACCUGCCAGUCCUUCUCCAAAAAGGCGAAAAAUAGAUUCCGACCCUCUCAACCGGGACAAGCGCAGUCUUACAAAAUCCGCCGUGCGCUACGUCGGUACAGCAGAAAACAGUUUUUCGUUGCCGAGUGCAACAAAACCGUACAAUUCUACACUCACUCCGAGGCCUGCGGCAAACCCUUCCAAUGUGCUCAAUAAACUAUCUCAGCUUGGUGGGCGCCCUGUCAAGCCUAUGCACGUUGAGGCCAUUGAACGCUCUGGGUCUUUCACUGAAAAGCCCACGUACGAGACCCACGAGCCUGUCGAUGCUCCUGCGCGAGACGACCGGCUCAUUCUCAUUGAAGAACUCGAGCCGGGCCCUGUGGACCAUCAGCCGCCCUUCGAUGAUCCGUUCUUCGAGAAGCUAGAGCCCAACUCGGGCAUUCAUCUCGCCUCCCGCACGAUUCCCCACGAUGACCUCCAGGAAUACCUUACAGGGCGUUUCUACCUAUCUCCUUCAAAACUCUAUUCCGUCAUUCGUCUGCUCCCGAAUAACCAAGGGUAUGAUGUUCCCGUUGCGGGCGACUGGGUCACUAUCGCUGUCGUAGCCGAGCGCGGACCUAUCAAGGUCUCCCGCGCUCCCGUCGCCAUCGAUCGCGUUGAAGAGCAAGAUGAAGACACGGAGCACAUUGAUGCCAGUACGGGACCUAGUCCACCGAACAGAGAGGGUUGGAAAGGCAAAGGUAAGGGUAAAAGCAAAGACGCUGAUGGUCCACGUCGGCCCUCCGGUCGCAAAUACGUGAACCUCAAACUCAUUGACUUUGGCGCGCGCUCCAAGAGCUCUGCUAGUGGAGGUACAUCUAUCAUUCGUGGUGAUGCUUUUCUUUCUCUGUUGCUUUUUGAGUCCGACUCCUUUGACUUCAUCACGAGAGAAGGAGGUCGGAAGGAGAAGGUAUACAGAGGGGGAAGUAAGGGUGCCUUUGAGACCAUGGCCAAGCUUAGAGAGGGCUCGGUUGUAGCCUUGUUAAAUCCGAGGGUAUUGAAGCCAUUCCAGCGUUCGAACGAGAGUCCACACCCAACGACAAACAUUCUCGCACUGACGCCUGAGUCCGCCGGAUCUGUGGCGGUCAUCGGUCAUUCCCAACAUCUCGGCAUGUGCACUGUCCUAAAGCGCGACGGGAAGGUAUGUGGAGGGUGGUGCGACAAGAGAGUCAGCGAUAUCUGCGAAUACCAUGUGCAGUCGGCUGUUGAGCAUCGACGGGCGGGGCGGGCAGAGUUCUCGAUGGGGACCUCAGGCAUGUCAACCGCUGCGCCUAAACGCAAACCCGUUUUUGACCCUACGCGUAAAUGGGGUCUCAAGCCUGACCCAGACAAAGCUACCGGUCCUCCUACAGAUAGCGGCGGCUCAACGUAUAUUGUAGCUGGACAUGUCGUCUCCGGAUCGGCGUCUGAGUCGAGGGGAUUGUUCGUGGGCGAGAACGUGGGCCGAGACGCUCAAGCGAAAGCACAGCGUAAGAUGGCAGGGCUGGCGACGGAGAAGACGCUAAAGACGCUGUUAGAGAGGGAUAAGGAGGGGAUGAGGGCUGUCCAGGAAGCGAGGGAGUAUGCCGAGAGGAUGAAGGAGAAGGAGAAGGCUGGAAAGGGGAAGGGGAAGGGGAGAGAGAAGAUGGAGAAGAGUAACAAGAAAGUAGGGAUGAAAGAAAAGGCAGAAGGCAGUGAGGAGUUGAAGAACAUGCCAAUUCAGAAGAAUGCAUAUUCUGCAGAGGUAAUCAAGAAACUCGGAUUUGACCCUACGCUCAAGCCGGGUCAGCGGCGAAUAGAGGAUACAGAUAUACAGGCCAAGCUCCGUGCCCUGGCCUCAGCACGAUCGUCAACAGCGAUCGAGCUUGGUCCACGGCCUGGCGCGAGAGUCCGCUCGGCAGUGUCGGCACCAUCACAACGUGGAGGACAUGAGCCUCAGGGUGUAGUCGCCGAUGUUGCGUUGCCCGAUUUGGAUGACUUCGAUUUGGAGAGAGAAGAGGAAAUGGUGUUCGGAAAGUCCCUGGAAGUGAAGAUGGUAGACCUGGACAGCAGCGAUAUCGAUUCUGGGACAGAGCAAGAGGCACUCACAAAGGAACCGUCAAGAAGUCCGCUGAACCUCGACAACGAUGAGGAACCUUCUUUGUCGUACGCACAGUCCAACGGUAUAGCUGCGCCGGAUAGUAGCGAUGAGGAGUUUCAGAAGGUGUUCGGGAAGCCAACUGAUACUCCGUCAACGGGCAUGGUUGAUUUAGGUAGCAGCGACGAGGAGUGA